GUCCUCAGCCGGGAGGACGCUGCGGUGGCCGGCGGGUGCAGGGGAGCGCCGGGCAGUGCGAGCCCGACCCCGCCGAGAACCGGCGUCUGCGAGUCUGAGGGGAGAAGACCUGAAGCCGCCAUGGCGCGCUCAGGGCCCCGGGGAGCCCUUCUGCUCCUGCUCCGGCUGCUGCCGCUGCUGCGCGCCGUGGGCGCCGUGCCCCUGGAUCGGGGGUCGCCCAGCCAGGACGAGAGCCCCGCCACCGAGAGCCCCGACACCGGCCUGUACUACCACCGGUACCUACAGGAAGUCAUCAAUGUGCUGGAGACGGACGGCCACUUCCGGGAGAAGCUGCAGGCAGCCAACGCCGAGGACAUUAAGAGCGGGAAGCUGAGCCGAGAGCUGGACUUCGUCAGCCACCACGUCCGCACCAAGUUGGACGAGCUCAAGCGCCAGGAGGUGUCACGGCUGCGCAUGCUGCUCAAAGCCAAGAUGGACGCCGAGCAGGAGCCCAACGUGCAGGUGGACCACCUGGGCCUGCUGAGGCAGUUUGAGCACCUGGACCCCCAGAACCAGCACACAUUCGAGGCCCGUGACCUGGAGCUGCUCAUCCAGACGGCCACCCGGGACCUCGCCCAGUAUGACGCAGCCCAUCAUGAGGAGUUCAAACGCUACGAGAUGCUCAAGGAGCAUGAGAGACGCCGCUACCUGGAGUCCCUGGGAGAGGAGCAGAGAAAGGAGGCAGAGAAGAAGCUGGAGGAGCAACAGCGCCGGCACCGAGAGCACCCCAAAGUCAACGUGCCUGGCAGCCAAGCCCAGUUGAAGGAGGUGUGGGAGGAGCUGGACGGAUUGGAUCCCAACAGAUUUAACCCCAAGACCUUCUUCAUACUGCAUGAUAUCAACAGCGACGGCGUCCUGGAUGAGCAGGAGCUCGAGGCGCUUUUCACCAAGGAGCUGGAGAAGGUGUACGACCCCAAGAACGAAGAGGAUGACAUGCGUGAGAUGGAGGAGGAGAGACUGCGCAUGCGCGAGCACGUGAUGAAGAAUGUGGACACCAACCAGGACCGUCUGGUGACCCUGGAGGAGUUCCUCGCCUCCACGCAGAGAAAGGAGUUCGGGGACACGGCGGAGGGGUGGGAGACAGUGGAGAUGCACCCGGCCUAUACGGAGGAGGAGCUGAGGCGCUUCGAGGAGGAGCUGGCGGCCCGCGAGGCUGAGCUGAACGCCAGGGCGCAACGGCUGAGCCAGGAGACCGAGGCCCUGGGGCGCUCCCAGGACCGCCUGGAGGCUCAGAAGAGAGAGCUGCAGCAGGCCGUCCUGCAUAUGGAGCAGCGCAAGCAGCAGCAGGGACAGCAGCAGGGGCAGCAGCAGGGACAGCAACAGGGGCAGGACGGCAGCAGCCGGGCUCCCAACCCUGCAGCAGGGCAGCUCAAGUUCCUUCCUGAAACAGAUGAUGCACCUGUGCCGGCUCCAGCUGGUGACCAGAAAGAUGUAGACACAUCAGAGAAGAAGGCCCCUGAACAGGCCACAGAGGCAGCCCGGCCUGACUCCCCGCCCCUGUGAGCCCUCAGGGAUCCCAGCCCUUCACUCCUACAGAGCUCACCCAUGGGAGGCAGAGGACGUGUGGUCAUCAGCCUUGGCGGGAGCCAGCAGUUGGCACGGCCUCCUGGGGGUGGGCCAUGCACUGGACGAUCCCGCAUAGCUGCCCGCCAUGCCUACCCUGCCCACUCCACCGCCCAGUCCAUCUCCGCUCCCUCGAGCCUGGCUCUUUGCUGCCGUGUGCUCCAAGCGGCCUGCCUUCUCCCACCUCAGUCCUGUCAGGUGCUCACAGCCUCAGCUUCCCUUAGGGAGCACCCCUCUCCCAUGAGGGCCUGCUCCCAGCUGCCUACUGGAGGGUGAGGCUGGAGUGUGGCCUCUCCCGGAAGGCCCUUCUGCUGCUCCAGACUGGCUUCUGGUUUCUGGGAGUGAGGGUGCUCUCCUAGCCCCUUCCCAGUAAACCCCUGGAAGGCCAGCCCUGUCUUGGCCCCCAGGACCUCAACCUCGGCCUGGGAGAGGUCCUGAAGGCCAGCCCAGCCCUGGGUCCUGCUCCCUUCCAUCCAAAUACACUUUCUGGAACCCA